AUGGUGGCACAAAGACCAAAAAGAGGACGACGGCCUGUCACAAAAGAAAACAGAGCAGAAGAAGAGCAGAGGAGAGGAUACAGGGCGGCAAGUAGAAUAGGCGCUGACUCUAGAUUCUCAGUGCUCGAGAUGGAAGAGGGAAGAGAAGGUAGAGAGAGAUCUGAGGAGGAAACCCGGAUGCCACUGAAAGACCUUUCCAACCAAACCGAAAAAGAAGCAAGUCGAGGAUCUGACAUGGGGGCACCUAGGAAAUACACAGGGGGAGCAAAGCAGAAGAAAGAGAAUCAGAAAAAAGGAGCAGAGUUAAGGGAGAGAAAAUCAAAUGAGACAAAAAAGAAAGAGGAAGUACAAGGGAGGGAAAAGGAGGAAAAUGAAAAGAGAGACAAGGAGAAGGACACGGAGGCCUCAAAGAGUGUGAAAGGGGGAUCUCAAAGGAGUCAGAAUGGGGAAAAACUAAAGGGAGCAAAAAAUGAGACCAAUAAGGAAGCAAAAGCCCAAAAUGUGGUCGAGCAAAAAAGAAAGCCCAAGACACAACCCAAUACAACAGGAAAGGCACUAGACACAGAGAUGGAUGAAAAUACCGUGGAACACUCCUUGGAAAGUCUACCAGAGGAAGUGGAAGAAACAAUGGAAGUGGACCAGCCCAAACCACCCGACCCAUUAGAAAAUUAUGAGCCUUUGGGGCUAUCAGAUGUGGAACGGGACAUGCUAGGAGUAAAGGAGAACGGUGGAGAUGAGAAGCAGAAGAGUGAGAUCGCUAUAGAUAGCGAUGGUGAUUCACGUGAUCAGUAA